AUGCAGGUUGAAGAAAAGAAGCAAGCUGCAGCUGAUGUUUUAUUCCAGUAUUCAAAAUUUGUGAUGGCAUGCGUGGGGAAUCAAGUUCGACCCUGCGACUUGAGGUUACAUUUGAUGAAGGAGAUUUCAGGUUUGCAGACCUCCCUAAAAAGGGAGCCCUCAUCACAAAUGGAUGCUUCUCCUGAUGCAAUGGGUGAGUCAUCAAGCUCAGGUACUGCCAGACUCGACAAAGCAGACAGUUUUCGGGCACUGUAG